AUGAUCAUUACUGGAAAUGAUGUUGACGGUAUCUCUGAUCUCAAGGCCUCACUUCACCAUACCUUUGAGAUGAAAGAUCUUGGUUCUCUCAGCUAUUUUCUUGGUCUCGAGGUCAUUUCCACAGAUGAUGGCAUCUAUCUCUCUCAGGCUAAGUAUGCUUCAGAUCUUCUUGCUCGCGCUGGAAUUACAGAUAGUCGCACUGAGUCUACUCCUAUUGAGCCUAAUGUUCGAUUUACCCCUAUGGAUGGCACUAUUUUGGAUAAUCUGACUCUCUAUCGACAGUUAGUUGGCGGUCUCGUCUACUUGACUGUCACCCGACCAUACAUUGCCUAUCCAGUUCAUGUUCUCAGCCAGUUCUUGUCAGCUCCUCGUACUACUCACUAUGCGGCAGUUCUGCGCAUUCUUCGCUACGUCAAAGGCACUCUAUUUCAUGGCCUUUAUUUUUCUGCCCAUUCCUCUUUGACUCUUCAAGCAUACUCCGAUGCUGAUUGGGCUGGUGAUCCCACUGAUCGUUGUUUCACUACUGGUUACUGUUUGUUCCUUGGCGACGCUCUCAUUUCUUGGCGUGCUAAGAAGCAAACCUUCACUGCUCGCUCAAGUACAGAAGCUGCAUACCGUGCCUUCGCUGACACCACUGCUGGUGCUUUUCAGUCGUCUCCUACUGAUGUUUUUUGUGAUAACCGCAGUGCUAUUCAGAUUGCCCAUAAUGAUGUGUUUCAUGAACGCACCAAACACAUUGAGAUUGAUUGUCAUUUUGUUCGGCAACGUAUUCUUAUUGAUGCUGUUCAUCUCAUUGGUGUUGGAACACUGGAUCAGACUGCUGAUAUCUUCACGAAAUCUCAUCACCCGACUCGUUUUCGGGCUUUGUUAUCCAAACUCAAGUUGGUCUCCUUAGCUCCCACUUGA